CGUCGGGGUGCCUUGCAUGAGCUCCUGUCCCCUCUCAAACAGCGGCAACGGCCAUCGAAGGCAGCUUUUAGCCUCGUCAUCAGCUCCCACGUCCACCCUCAACCUCACUCGAUCCCCACAUCUAAAGGACAUUUCCUUCAAACUAGACAUCACCGACGACUGAUGAACACGAAAACAUCGACGAAUUCGACGACGUAGAUAUCCCGAAAAAAGCGUCCGGGGUGCCCAGACAAGUCAGCAACGAUGCCUGGCUUCGACUUCUCCAACUACAACCGCAAUGCGGCCCUCCAUGCCAGAGGCGUCCCGCUUCCCAAGGCGACGAGCACAGGUACCACCAUCGUAGGAUGCAUAUUUGACGGCGGUGUAGUGAUCGCCGCCGAUACAAGAGCCACUUCGGGCCCCAUUGUUGCCGACAAGAACUGCGAAAAGCUGCACUAUAUCGCUCCCCAGAUUUGGUGUGCGGGUGCCGGCACCGCCGCCGAUACAGAGUUCACUACGGCAAUCAUCUCCUCCAACCUCGAGCUCCAUUCCCUUUCCACGGGACGCAAGCCCCGCGUCGUCACCUGUAUGACCAUGCUCAAGCAGCACCUCUUCCAGUAUCAGGGUCAUAUUGGCGCCUACCUAGUCGUUGCCGGCGUCGACCCUACAGGCACCCACCUCUUUACCGUCCACGCCCACGGCUCCACCGACAAGCUCCCCUACGUCACCAUGGGAUCCGGCUCGCUGGCCGCCAUGUCCGUCUUCGAGACCAAGUGGAAGCCUUCGCUGACCCAGGACGAGGCCGUCGAGCUCGCCAGCCAGGCCAUCCAGGCCGGUAUCUUUAACGACCUCGGCUCCGGGAGCAACGUUGACGUCGCCAUCAUCACAAAGGACAAGACUACACUUAAACGCGGCUUCGUCAAGCCCAACGAGCGCAGCGCCAAGCUCAAGAGCUACGCCUUCCCUAAGGGCACCACCGCUGUGCUUAAUGAGAAGAUUAUCAAGAAGAAUGAGAUUGGCCGCUACGUUAGCGUAACAGAGGUGCCGGCCGGCGAGGAGAUGGAGGUUGAUACCUAAGCAGAUGGCUUUUCUUUUUUUUAGUCUUCAUGAAACGAGGGCAUCCGACGGGUUGCCAAUGAAGUAAUCCCGAAAUGGGAGGAUUCUGUACCAAUACAAUGAUGGCAAUAGAUGGGAUUGAUACAAGCCGUUCUCCCUCC